AUGAUUCAAGUUAAACGAUAUCUAAAUAAUAGUAAUCCUCGUCAUGAAGAAACGAAAAAACUAAAAACAAUAUACGAUGACAGAGAAAGGAUUAAUUGUUUGGAAAACUUAUCCAAUGAACUUUUCUAUGAAAUCUUCGAUUAUCUUGAUGGUUGUGAAUUAUUUAAUGCAUUUUCAAAUCUUAAUAAUCGUUUUCGUACUCUACUCAAUGGUUCAUCUCUUCGAUUAAAAAUUAAUCUUCGUUUUCAUCCAGAAACUAUUAAACAAUAUCGUUCGACUUGUAUUGUUUCUCGGAACAAAGAUCGAAUUAUUUCACUUAAUUUGGCUAAUUUUUAUUGUUUUAAUUCAAGUUUUACAUUAUUUAACAUUAAUUCAUCAUUUAGUCAUCUUGAAUCGUUAGUAUUAGGUAAAAUGAAACCAAAUGAACUCAAAUCUCUUCUUAUAAAUUUAAUAUCUUUACCUCGUCUUUUCUCAUUAAUUAUCCAUUAUGAUGAUGAUCUCAAACAGAUUAAUAAUAUAUAUCAAAUGAUUGUCAAAUUACCUAUGUUAAAGUACAAUAAAUUAUCAUUUAAUUCACUUGAAUCAUUUAUUCCUAUACCCAUAGCUACUACUGAACAAUUUAGUAGUAUUAAAGAUCUGAUUAUUGAUCAUUGCUGUACUCUCGAUGAAUUAAUUGCUAUACUUUCAUAUACACCUAAACUUUGUCGUUUAACUUGUCGACAAAUAAAUGAAUCAAAGAAAAACAUCUUAAAAGAUACAGUUAAUGUGAUUUCAAGUUUAACUCGUAUAUCUAUUACUAAAUGUUAUGCUGAAUAUGAUGAGUUAGAAAUGUUUCUCACCAAAAUAUCACCUCAAGUACAAGUAUUACGUAUUAAUACUUUAAAAGAUGUGACUUAUUUGGAUGCAAAUCGAUGGGCACGAAUUAUUUCACAAAAUUUACUUGAAUUAAAUACAUUUGAAUUUCAAUACAACGAUCUUAUUGAUGAAGAUUUCAAAACAACUGUUUAUCAUGAAUUAAUUAAUCGAUUUAAUUCUUCAUUCUGGAUAAAGCGAAAAUGGUUUUUUAAAAUUUCUAUUCAAACAGAUUCUUGGGAUGAUAAUGUUAUUGUCUAUUCAAUUUUUCCAUACAGAAAAUUUGAAGGCAAUUUUCAAAGAGAAAAGACAAAUGAUGAAAAAUUAAUUGAUGACAUCUAUGAAAAUAACAUACAACAAAGUAUUAUUUCUAAUAAACAUAAUUCUGUUGCAACAUCUUCUAUGAUAUUAAACAUUAGCGAUCUAUCUACAACAGACGAUGAUGAACCAUUUAUUGAAAUGGUUAGUUCAAUUUUAGUUAUGUUACCAAUUACUUGUUUAAAUAUUACUCUCAGCGGAAUUUAUAUUGCUACAUUAAUUGAUUUCAUUAAAUAUUUACCUAAUCUUGAUUCAUUAGUAAUAUUGUCAUUACCAAUGAUAGAACAAAAUGUGAUUUAUGCUAAAUUUAUUAGAGAAAUUAUUCAUCCAGAAAGUCAAAAGGUAUGUCGAAGAGAUCUUCUAUUUCAAGACAAUGCAGACUCAAAACAACGAAUAAAAACUGUACUACAAAUUGUUGAUGAAUUAUUUAAUCAUCGAAUUUUACCAGAAGAAGACGAUGCUAAAUUUGCUUACGUCUAG